AUGGACCCACACUUCAAGAUAGAAGACACGAGCAUGUGGAAAGAGCAUGCACCAAAGCCCACAGAGACCGUGGCCACCAAAGUGGCGGCAGCGGAUUCAGAGGUCGACAACCUCACAAAGGAGUCUCGCAAAGCUCAGUUUGAUGCAGACUGCAUUGCUUUAGCCAGGGAUUGUGCACAAAUUGGACAGCUUGUCAAGGAAGUGAACAAGUGCGAUCAAACUGCUCGGACAGAGCGUGUCCUACACUUGCGGCACCAGAAUACCAUCGGAGCUGGGUUGGUUUCGGAAUAUAUGGCCACCAACAUGGCUCUUGGCAGCGGCAGCGUGAAGGACCAGCAAUCCUUGAUGGACAGGUUCCUGUCAAGAUUUCCGGACACACCCACCAUCAUCUAUGCUGAUCUGAUGAAAUGCGGAAGAUGCAGCAAUCAAGAGCUGAACGAAUUUUCAGAAUUGCUCAGCGCUGGUUUGGCCAAACGGCCCCAUGCAUCAGUGGCAAUUGUGGUGGCUCCAUGGCUAUGCUCCGAGAAGGUGUGUAAUGGCUACAGAGGAGAGUUGAGACGCUGGGAAGACAAAUUUGAUGCCCGUGGCCUCUACUCGGAGUCAAUGGCGGUGAGGGCGACAAGAGCGGAGUGUCCCUGGCAAGCGGAAGCAUCGUACAUUGUCCCAGUGGCAAGCAAGGAUGCCAUUCCGCAUGCGUCAGAGGGACAUAGGAGUCUAUCAGAUGUCCAAGAAAGUGCUCAGUUUUUGGUGCAAGAUGUGAUGGUGCGAAGCUUGCUAGAGUCUGUUUUGGCACGAGCUCAGAUCCCUGAGAACACCAAUACGAUUGCGUUGGUGAAUCUGACACCGUACGAUGGGAUGGUGGAACGUGCAACCAGGAAGUGGAAGGAGAUUUCAGUUGAUUCACCUUUCCAUUUCAAGACCCUGAGCCUCACCAAAAAACUUGGGCCACCACCAACUCCUGCAAAUCAGAAGAUCGAUCUGGCCAAUUUCCCGGUCCGCCUUGUGAAGAUUGAGUAUGACUUGGCACCUGGGAAGAAGGGGUGGCAGCAGUACAAGGUUGCCCAUGGAGAGGUGGAGCUGGGAACGCUGGACUACCAAAUCGCCCAUGGACCUAGCAA